AUGAAGCCCCUCUUGGCUGUCCUGCUGUGUGUGAUUGUGUUCCCCAAAGGCCUGUGGUGUGACACCAACGGCUGCAUCACCGCCUUGAAACGGGACGUCCUCAAGCUGAUGGUCAAGUGGGAAGAUGCGACCUGCCUCCAGAACCAGCAGGGUCUGCCCCCCAACCUGCUCCAGGCCCUGCCUCGCAGCUGCAAGGAAAUCAAAACGGCCCUGGAAGGAGCUGCAGAUGGGUUGUACUUCCUGGGCACAGAAGAUGGUGAGAUCUACCAGACUUUCUGCGACAUGACCACCAAUGGAGGCGGGUGGACCCUGGUGGCCAGCAUCCAUGAGAACAACAUCAAGGGGAAGUGCACCCUGGGAGACCGCUGGUCCAGCGAGCAGGGGCACAACAGCAAUUACCCCAAUGGAGAUGGCCACUGGUCAAAGAACACGACCUUUGGCACAGCCGUGGGCUCGACGAGCGAUGACUACAAGAACCCUGGCUAUUAUGACAUUCAAGCACGGGACAUGGCCAUAUGGCACGUCCCCAACCUCACCCCCAUGAAAGAAUGGCGAAAUGCCGCCAUCUUAAGGUAUCACACCGAGACGGGCUUCUUUUCUGUUGAAGGAGGCAACCUUCUCAGGCUCUAUCAGCAAUAUCCAGUGACCUACGGAACUGGCAGCUGCCCAAGAAACAACGGCCCAAUUGUGCCCGUGGUCUACGAUUUUGGCAAUGCUGAACAGACUGUCCACUAUCACUCUCCUAAUGCCAGAAGUGAAAUUGUCGGCGGCUACAUUCAGUUUCGGGUGUUUAACAACGAGAAAGCGGUCGUGGCUCUCUGCCCUGGUAUUAAAGCCACUGGCUGCAAUACUGAGAUGUACUGUGUUGGUGGAGGAGGGUAUUAUCCACAAAGCGGUAACCAGUGUGGUGACUUCACUGCCUUUGAUUGGAACGGCUACGGCACAGGCAAAGAGUGGAGCGUUUCCAAAGCGUUGCUGGAAUCUGCCUUGCUUAUCUUCUACCGAUGA